AACCGGAAUGUGCUCUAUGGAAUUGUUUAGUUACAAUUAUUCAAAUCUUACUAGUAAGGGAUCUGCAGUUAGAUAGAUGAGACCCACACUCUCUACAUCACAUGGAGUUACAGAACAUUUUGAGUACACAAGAAAGAUUUAGAAACACAGUGCAGAUGUACUUAUCAUUAUUUGGAUGCCUCGUGUACAUGGGCUAAAAAUACCAGUGAGUGGAGAUAUGAAUUCACAUGAAAGAACACCUCUAAACAAGGGUUGUACCAGAGUCUCUUUAAGGACAAGCAUUGUGAAAAAUAUAUGUUCCCAAAUCUGUCGGAGGUCACAGGGUUCCUUCCCACACAGUGCAUGUGACAUCAGCAGGAUUAAUCUGAGCAUUUUAAGCAAGCUUGUGUGUGAGAAAAACUCCUUAUUUCAUAACGUUUGGACCAAGCAUUCCAAAUCUGCCAUUAAUUAUGCAAAGGGAAGAAUUUAUUUUGACAAUUUCCGUUGUUGCUAUAACAGCCUUGCUGCAAAACCACAGCAGGUGUAUAAAAUGCCCGCGUGUCCAAAGGUAGAAAAAAUCGAAGAUGCUUUGUUAUGUGAAAGUCCAGUGGGAGAAAGUUUCGCUCAGCCUUCUGAAUAUACUCCUUCCUUGAUUGCUGUCACAGGCCACAACUGGCUGCUACGGAUAUCAGCAAAUACUGGAGAUGUCAUUGAUAAGGUCUACCUCGGUUCCUAUAGAAAAUUCAGGUACAUUACUUGGGAUGUUCCCCAGGAGACGUUUGUAUUGAAAUCUCUUCACAAGAAAACCGUCGGAGAACCUCAAGAGCAGAUAGACAGCGGGGGGUCGGUUCUGUUAUACCUUGCAGUGUUCAGAGUUUUACCUUUUGCGUUAGUGGGAGUACUCGAAAUCGAUAAAAAAAUCUUUGGAACCAAUGUCACUGACGCAAUGAUUUGUCAGGGCAUACUUAUUGUAAUGCACAGCAUCGGCCUGGUCCGUCUUUACAGCUUUGAAAGACUAUCUGAGCAGUUUAUGAAGCAGAAACUUGUCAUUGGGCAGACUUGCAUUUGGAAGGGUGAAACGAGGACGGUUGGCGAGCCUCCAUUUGGCAUUCCGUGCAACAUCACCUUGACAGAAAGGCCCCCAUUUCUGUUUGAAGUCUCCUGCCAAGAUAAUGCAUUCCAAGUGGGGGGAUACCCCUGGCAUUACAUCAUCACCCCAAACAAGAAGAAACACAAGGGCAUCUAUCACAUACGAUCCAUGGAUGAUCACAGCUUGGCAAAGAAUGGGAUAAGAGACAUUAAAUGCUGCUCCUUAGAGCCUGACUGGAUACACUUUCACACAGAUGCUUCUGAAAGGAUAAUACAUGUUGCUCCUGACCAAAUCAGUGUUUUAAGGCUGAAGGAGCUACAUAAUGAUUCAUUCCAAUACCAGGUCACUGAGGACUACUCCAUUUUAGCCUGCAGGGACAGAGAGGAAAAAAAUCAUGUUACUAUAACAUCUUCUGGAAGGAUGGUAAAAAGGCGGAUCAGUCAACUAGAUGAUGAUCCAGAGAAAGAGACAUUUAAAAUCGUGGUUUAUGAAGAUGAACUAGAUCUGCUGACAGUGGUUGCGGUGACUCAGGCUGACACAGAGGGUAAUGCUCAUGUUGACCUGCAUUGCAAUGACACGGGCAAACUCCUGAAGAAGAUUGCGUUGAGGGAAUCCUGGGAUGUGACUUACAGUCACGCCAUAUUUUUUGACAGAGACACACUGAUACACAUUGAAGAGAGACCCAACCGCAAUUUUUACUGUUACGUUUAUAAAAUGCAGUGUGAGUCCGCAGAGUAAAUAAAGAGUAUUCAAUCACCGCAGUUAAGACACAUGUUCCACCAAUUCAUUUUCUCCAUUUUUGUAUUUUAUUUUGUAAAAUAAAGAUUGAUUGU